AUGGUGGGUGCUAACGAAAGGCUCGGGUAAAUCCGGUAUAUACGACUCACACGGUAACUUUUCCCUGCGGCCUCCUCCCUCUCCUCUUCUCCGUGGCCCGUCCAUGGCCGAAUCCCGCCGAAUUCAAUUCAAAACAACGCACUCGAUCGCCUAAUUCAGCAAUUUUUUAUCCUCCUCUUCGGCGACCAAUUUUGCUCCGAGUGAGAGGCGAUCAUGGGGGAUUCGGCCGCGGGGACGGCGACAUUGCUCGCGAAUUUGAGGGCGGUGAGAUGGGUAUCCCUCGUAUUAGGGUUUGGGAACGUGUGUUUGGUUCUCAUCGGGGCGUGCCUGGUGCUCUCCGCAUCUCCGAGCUGCUCCGGCGGGUUGAAGCUAUCGUUCGUGUUUGCGUCGCUCGCGGCGGGUGCGAGGAUGGCGUAUAUGGUCUCCGCCGCUAGGGCGCAGCGCGCGACAGCUGAGACGAUCAUUAGCCAUGUAUCGGAAAGCUCCGUCGCCGCCGAUUCUGUUGUUCGCCAUGAGCGGAGGAUGCGAUACAAGAGAUGGCUUUGGUGGACAAGAUUUGGAAUGUUCAUUACCACAUUACAAUUUAUUGCGGCGCUUUAUCUGAUGGGCGUUGUAGCAAAAGAUCUUUCUUCUGGCGAAUUUUCCAAAACGUGCUUCUCAGGGCAGGAUUCGAGAGAUGGAGGCUGGAAGCACACCCUGUUGAUCACUUUUCUUGUUCUUGUGUGGCUUGUGGUCAUCAUACAGUGUAUCACGGGCUCUGAUGUGCUAAGAUGGAGGUCAUUUUAUGCAACUCAUGAUGCUGCAUGGAAAGCUCAUUACAGAGAGGUCUUUGACCACGGCAUUCGUGAAAUUUUUUGCUGUCUGGGACGCACAAAGUACCUGAGUGUCUUAGAAGAUGAUGAAGUUUAUUCUGUGGCACGGUUAUUGGGUGAUCUCAUGGUUUACCGUGCAUCAGGCACGGGACAUCUAGAGCUCCUGGCAGGGCUUGCAUUGUUGCAAAAACAUAAGCAAUCUCCAGUUACAUACAGUGAAUCUUUGGAGGCACCUGAAGCUCGUAUUCAAGAAGCAGCUCUUUUCCAUCAAUUUGCUGAAGCUGCAUACACAGUUAGAUUCUCCAACCUUACACUGUUUCCCGUUGAUGCUCUGGUGCAAUACUUCAUGUUGUUUUUAUUGCAGGGACCACUGCUAGACUUUGGAAGGAAUCCUGUUCUGUUUCCGUGUGUGUGGCUCUACCGACAAGGGGCUUUAACUCCCUGGACUUGUAGAAGGCGACCUAUUCUUGAAGGUGAUAAUUGGUGGAGAGGCCAUGCUGCCGCUUUUCUGAAGUAUGUUAAUUUGCCCCCAGAAGCUCUUCGACGGGGUCGCGUUAGUCAGACAAAGCGUGAAGCUGCUUAUUUUGUUGUCGUUCUACAUGAUCUAAAAACUGUAGUCAUUGCUGUACGUGGCACUGAGACACCUGAAGACCUUAUUACUGAUGGUUUGUGUAGGGAGUGCUCCCUUACAAUGGAUGAUCUGGAUGGACUGAUAAAUAGCGAUCAGCUACCACGACAUGUGCGAGAUAGUGUUCUCUCCUCUUUUCCACAUUAUGGGCAUUCUGGAAUUGUUGAAUCCGCUCGAGAGCUUUUCAUGAAAAUUGAUGGACAACCUGGAGACAAAGGUCAAUAUUGUAAUUGGAGAGCACAAUGUCAAUUUGAUGAACCACUAUCAGAGAUAACUGGAUUUCUUUCUUCUUUGCUGGGAAUGGGAGGUGAAUGUCAUGGUUAUGCUGUACGUAUUGUAGGGCAUUCAUUAGGUGGUUCUGUUGCGGCGCUGCUUGGAAUGAGGUUGUAUGGCAGAUAUCCAGACUUACAUGUAUAUUCCUAUGGAACCCUUCCAUGUGUGGACUCUGUCGUAGCAGAAGCAUGCUCAGAGUUUGUUACUUGCAUCAUAUACAAUGAUGAAUUCUCCGCUCGCCUAUCAGUUAACUCAAUCAUAAGGCUACGAGCUGCUGCCGUCCGAGCUCUUUCCAAUGAUUGCUCUGGAAAUUCAGCAAUAAUAAGCAAACUUGUCAGGAAAAUUUUAAACGCAAAGAAGUACAAUCAGAACGGGGAUGAUCGUACGACUCCCAAUCCAUCUAUCGAGGAUGACACCGAGAUAGUCGAGUACAAUCAUCAAAUCCACAAGAGUCAUCUCAAGUACACUAUCAAAGGUGGGGUCUUUCUAUGUGGUCAUGCAGUAUCCUGCGUGAUGAAUACACCCAAUCACCGAGAUUCCUCGAAUACGGUUGAUGCAAUUAGUGAAGGUAGGGCACAAAAUAAUCAAGAGCUACAUUAUGACCAGGUGUCUUCUGAUUAUCGGAAUUCCAAUGCUUUAGAGGGUGCAAGCGCCUUAAACAAUCCUGUUUUCCUGCAAAAUGGUUUUUCGUCCUUUCCGGAUAAUGCAUCGCAAGUGGUGGAUGAUGCCUUAUCCAUGACAAAUGUCUCAGGAGGAGAUUUGCCAGAGAUGUACCUGCCAGGCCUCAUCAUUCAUAUAGUCCCAAUACCGGCAGAGAAAGGCACCUCUCCUUUUUGGAAAAGCUGGAUUGCUACAGAUAGUAAUCUAGAUUAUAAGGCUUUUGUGGCAAAUAAGGAAAGCUUCAGGGAUCUUGUUGUAUCGCCCUACAUGUUCCUCGAUCAUAUUCCAUGGAGGUGUCAGCAUGCUAUGCAAAGAGUAUUGGAAUCCCGAAGACACCAAGGUCAACUCAGUUAUAAUUCGCUCGAAGCAGAUCACAUCGUGUGAAUUGACAUUCUUGGAACUCUCUCUUGCGCAUAAGCUGCACUCCUUUGCUGUAUGUUUUGCCCACCAACUUCUUGUGCACCAAGAUCAACCUGGCAAUUAUCAAAUUAAGUUUCUAGAAGCUGCAGAAUUCAACAUUCCAUUUGCAACCGACCUUUUGGUAUACAAAUGGCUUCAUCAGCAAAGAAAAGGAGAGGUAGCGCCAGCAUGCAAAGCGCAGAGGGUAUAUCUAUCUAUAUAUAGAGCCAAUAUGAGACAGUUUCAUUAUUUGAAUGUAUAGUCGCCGACUCCUGUAAGGCAAUUUUGAACUGCCUAUAUGAUAAUAUAUAUACUUGUAAUCCUCUGCUUGCCAUCUACAUGUUGUCCCCAGCAUAUGCAUAUUAAUUGAUUCAUGCAGCAUUAAACA